AUGGAUUCUGGGAGGAAACUUAGUCUCGAAAAUUUGAGUGCAGUUUCCUCAGCAAGAUCAGUUGCAACGCCAGCUUUUGAUGAAUCCAUGCUCACAGACGUAACAUUUCCGCUUACUAAACCUUUUAUGAAAUUAGAAUUGAAAGAAAAAGAAUCUCUUUUUCUUAAAAUGUACGAAGAAACAAUCUUAUUUAUACGAAACAAGGAGUUAAAAUGCGAUAAUACACCAAUAAUUCAAUCAUAUGAAGAUGAUCAAAUUACACAAAUCGAAGAAACGAGAGAGCAGAACUUAGAAUCAUUUAAAGAAAGCGAAACAAAGCGCCAGCUUACUCAAAGACAAUCAAAGACUCUUUCAACACUUCCAUCUCGAAUUGAUAACGGAUUUACACCAACAUUUGAUCCUCUUCUAAACACUAAUUUCACAUCAAAAUUCACUCAUAUUGAAGAAUUCAAAGCAUGCAUCUCUCAAAUUCUUAUAGAAAAUCGCGCAAAAAAGAGAAUUCAACAAAUCAAUCAAUUUUUACGUGAAACAAAGCCCAAAGCCUCAUCCAGUCUAUCAAAUACCAUAAGACUGAACUCAAAUUUUUCAAAAUCAGAACUUUUAAACGUACAAAUUGAAAUCGCAAACGAUCCAAUUAAAUUCAUUAUAGAUCCUCCUCUUGUCCCUCUAUUAUACCCUGAGAUUAAUAUUGCUCCUCAUUCGCCUGAUCAUGAAUUUCCAUUAUAUGAGCCAACAUUAAUCGAAAGAUUUUCGCUCACUCCGUUCAACAGGACUGAAAUCAAUGCCUUUGUUCCAUUUACUGUUACUCCACCAGAUAUAUUCCCAACCGUUCGUGAAGAACAGCCCAUACAAGAAAGAGUUGUUCCUACAACAGAAGAAAAUAUUUCAAUUAUUGCUGAACCGACAUCAUCUCCAACACAAUCUGCACGUUCAUCAACUAAAGUCAAGCAACAGAGUUCGAUGAAUUUAUCAUUUGUUUCACAAACAUCGAAAAUUGUUCAAUAUCCACGUGAAACAAUUUUAUAUUCGCAUGAACCUCCAUCUGAACUUGUUCCAAGGCCAAUUGAUCUUCCUGAUCUUGAUAUAGAGAUUGGAAGGAGCUCUAUUAUGGCUUUGCAACCUCAAGACUACACUCCAAUGAUGAUGAGUGGAAAAUUCAAGAACGUUGCUCCAUUUAGUUUCGCUGGAAUGAUUGGCGGUAAGCUUAAAACAAUGUCUGGUCCUGUAGAUGUUGAUUUGAGAGAAAUAGAAGAAGAUGAUGAUAUUGAUAACAUCAAUGUUUCUCAGAAUCCAAAGCCAAUUACAGAUUUUCUUACAAAACCAGUUGAAACUAAGAAUAAGAGCCACAUUUUAACUGAAGCAAUCAUUGAUGGACAAGGAAAGUGGAAAGAAAGGCAAAGAGAAAGUGUUAAGAAUCUCACCGAGAGUAUUACAGCUAUGAAUGAUUUGAUACAUGAUAAAACAGUUAAGGUAACAAUGCCUGACCUCCUUAACUUCCUUCAAGAAUAA